AUGGCACUACCAGCGUGCCGUUGCGGCCUCACGAUACGUCAGAGGACGGCUCUGAGGAUCACUGCGCCGUCGACGCUGAGGCAGAAUCCCUCUCGGGCCUUUUCAAGCUACGCAGCACGUCAUGGUGACCGCGCAAACCUCCCACUCGAAAACGGCCGCGACGGCCGCUACUACGGAUUCAUAGGCAAGCGACGCAACGUGGGCAGGCAGCUCUCCUUUGCCGACCUGACCCUUCCGUCGGGUCAGGUCGUUCAGCUCUGCUCGCGAGCCGACUCCGAUGCCGACGCCCACGCUCAGUUCCGCCAGGUCCCGGCCCACUGCCCCGUUCUUGUACACGCGCAUCCCGACGGCUCGGCACCCGCCGCCGACGAUGGGCCGGGCGGCAGGCCCACCAUCAACCUGAAGAGCGUGCAGGUCCUCAACACGUUCCCCAAGGACAUCAUCGUCACCCCGGAGACCGUGUUCCCCCAGACGAAGCGCCAUCUGCAGAUCCGAUUCCACGACGAGGUGCAGGCACGCCUACGCUUCCGAUCAUGGCUCAAGGCGGUGCUCAGCCGAGGACUGCUGGGCAGGGGCUUCACCGACAUCGAGACGCCCACGCUGUUCAAGUCGACGCCCGAGGGCGCAAGGGAGUUUCUCGUCCCCACGCGCCACCGGGGUAAGGCCUACGCUCUGACGCAGAGCCCGCAGCAGUAUAAGCAGGUGCUCGUCGCCAGCGGCAUCGGCCGGUACAUGCAGUGGGCGCGGUGCUACAGGGACGAGGAUUCCCGCGCCGACCGCCAACCCGAGUUCUCCCAGCUCGACAUGGAGUGGGCCUUUGCCGGCGCUGCGCAUGUCAGGGAGGACAUCGACGGCAUCCUGCUCAGCGCUCUCGAGCUGAUGCAGCCGUCCAGGAGCUACCAGGACUUCCGGAACGGCGACAGGAUACCCGUCCUGCCAGAGCUAUCAGAGCUAUCAGAGCUAUCGGCCGAAACCGGCGGCGAGGCGGCGCACGAGUUCACCACGCUCACGUUUGCCGAGGCCAUAGCAAAGUACGGGUCUGACAAGCCUGAUCUGCGGAUACCCGGACAGCGCCAGAUCAGCCAGGUCCCCGUGCCCGACACGGCGCGCCAUUUUGUCAGCAUGAUCUCGCACCUGGAAGACCCAAUGGUCGAGGCCUUUGCCUUCUGCCUCGACGAUGUCUCCCCCGACGUGACCCGCCGAUUCGUCGUCGACUUCAUGGACAAGGUGCCCAAGCCCUUCCUCGACAACCCGGACGGCAUGCCGCAGGUGCUCGUCUUCGACUCGAGCAAGCCUCUCGGCGGCUUCUCGUCCAUCGGCUUCGAGUACGAGCCCAUCAUCGAGGCAGCCUGCGGCGGGCAGGAGCUCAGCGACGGCGACAUCGUCGUGUUCCAGGCGCGCCGGAAGCACGAAGGAAGACAGUACACAUCGUCGUCCACCAAGAUCGGCGACUUCCGCUCCCUGCUGUGGAGGGCGCUCGUCGAGGACGGCAAGAUGGCCAGGCCGCGCAUCGGCGACCCGGGGUCCCUCCGCUUCGCCUGGGUGACCGAGUUCCCCAUGUUCCAGCCCGUCGAGGCCGACGAGCCGUGGAGGGCCGAGGACGCGGGUGCCGGCAUCGCGGCAAGCCACCACCCCUUCACGGCGCCCCUGUCCAACCGCGACCUGGAGCUGCUCUUCGUCGACCCGCUGCAGGCCAAGAGUGCGGCCUACGACCUCGUCCUCAACGGCGUAGAGGUCGGCGGCGGCAGCGAACGUAUCCACGUCGCAGAGGUGCAGGAGUUCAUCAUGCGCGACGUGCUGAAGAUGCCGGAGAGCCGCGUCGCCGAUUUCGGCCACCUCUUUGAGGCGCUGCGUGCCGGCUGCCCGCCGCAUGCCGGUUUCGCUCUCGGCUUCGAUCGUCUUGUGGCACUCCUGACCGAUACCUCGACCGUGCGCGACGUCAUUGCCUUUCCCAAGACGAUGAAGGGGGAGGAUCCGUUUGUCAAGGCGCCGAGCAGGAUGACCAACCGCCAGCUUGCGCCGUACGGGCUGCAGCUCCGACCGGGGGAGUAG